CGGAGCGAUGGGCGAGUGGACCAUCCUGGAACGGCUGCUGGAGGCUGCGGUGCAGCAGCACUCCACCAUGAUCGGCAGGAUCCUCCUGACAGUGGUGGUGAUCUUCCGCAUCCUGAUCGUGGCCAUUGUGGGGGAGACGGUGUAUGAGGACGAGCAGACGAUGUUCAUGUGCAACACUCUCCAGCCAGGCUGCAACCAGGCCUGCUACGACAAGGCCUUCCCCAUCUCGCACAUCCGCUACUGGGUCUUCCAGAUCAUUCUGGUGUGCACACCCAGCCUCUGCUUCAUCACCUACUCCGUGCACCAGUCGGCCAAGCAGCGCGACCGCCGGUACUCGUUCCUCUACCCGCUGCUGGAAAAGGACUGCUCCCGCGACGGCAGGAAGGUGAAGAACGUCAAUGGCAUCUUGGUCCAGAACCCGGACAGCUUGUCCAAGGAGGAGCCUGACUGCCUGGAAGUGAAGGAGAUCCCCAGCACCCCCAUGCGGCCCCCCAAGAGCGCCAAGGUCAAGCGUCAAGAGGGCAUCUCCCGCUUUUACAUCAUCCAGGUGGUUUUCCGCAAUGCCUUGGAGAUCGGUUUCUUGGCAGGACAGUACUUCCUCUACGGCUUCAACGUGCCGGCCAUCUUUGAGUGCGACCGCUACCCUUGCGUCAAAGAAGUGGAGUGCUACGUGUCCCGCCCCACCGAGAAGACGGUGUUCUUGGUCUUCAUGUUUGCUGUCAGUGGCAUCUGCGUCCUCCUGAACCUGGCCGAACUCAACCACCUGGGCUGGCGCAAGAUCAAGACGGCCAUCCGGGGCGUGCAGGCCAGGCGAAAAUCCAUCUGUGAGGUGCGGAAGAAGGACAUUUCCUCGCUGGCUCAAGUGCCUACGCUCGGACGGACGCAGUCAAGCGAGUCUGCCUAUGUCUGAGCCGGUUCCGAUCCCGUG